CCCUUCUCUAUUCUUCUCUAUUCUGUAUGCCUGUUUGUUCUCUCUUUAGUUCAUAUCUUCUCUAAGGAAACCAAUCUUACCAUUGAACUCAAAUUCUGACAAAAAAAGAAAGAGGAAAAAUGGAAAAGCAACCAUUGGAGAAAGCAAAACCAAAAUACAGAAAAGGGUUAUGGUCACCUGAAGAAGAUAAUAAGCUCAGAAACCAUAUCCUUAAGCAUGGUCAUGGAUGCUGGAGCUCUGUCCCCAUUAAGGCAGGCUUGCAAAGAAAUGGAAAAAGUUGCCGACUAAGGUGGAUUAACUACCUGAGACCUGGAUUGAAGAGAGGAGUUUUCAGCAAACAUGAAGAAGAUACAAUCAUGGCUCUUCACCACAUGUUAGGCAACAAGUGGUCUCAAAUAGCACAGCAUUUGCCAGGAAGGACUGAUAAUGAGAUAAAGAAUUACUGGCAUUCAUAUCUGAAGAAGAAAGUGAUGAAAACUAAGGAAAUGGAAUCUGAUAAACAAAUUGAGCAUGCUAGUUCAAGUUCAGACACAGUGGAAAAUUCACUCUCUCCACAGAAACUUGCAACUCAAGAUCCAAGUCAUGCAUUGCUACAAAACAUGGAAAAAACAGCAACACACUCUGACAACUUUUUCUCGCAAAACUAUGACUUUUCCAAAGAGGCUUGUCAGAGUUCCCUACCAAAACUCUUAUUUUCUGAGUGGCUUUCAGAGGAUCAAGUAAAUGGUGCAGGCUCAGUGAAUUCUGAUGAUUCUUUGGUAUUGGGAAAUGUAUUUGAUCAAAAUUCAUCUUUCCAAGAAGCUAUAAUGCAUUUGUUGGAAGGGAACUUUGGUGAAGAGUAUCAUAAUAGUUUAAUUCACAGUUCAACCACUGAGGUGUACAAUUCACAGCUUAAGCCAUCAAAUCAAGUGGAUGGAAGUGAUUUCAUUCACUGUAUUCCCGGGAAUGAUUUAUGCAGCAAUUUCAGCCUAAUCAAUCGUGCUAUGUAAGUACCAGGAAGGAGUUUACAAGCUGCUCAAAAAGGAAGAAUAAUUUGUAAUUAGACAUACAGAAAACAAGACAAAUUUGAUCACUGUAAAGUUAUACUUCUAAUUGUUUGAAUUGUACUCCUACCCCACACAAAUAAAUUCAGUAAGAUAAGAAAAAUAUGCAUUUCAUUGUGAUUUUUGCGGUGUUGUUUAAGCAUACUACUCAUGUAUAUUUGCUUCAAAUCAAUCAAAAUAUUGUGGUCUUCAAUGUUCUU